GACGCCAUCUACCAAAAUCCACAAAAGUCUCUUCCUACUUUCUUGGUUAACCCACACCACCUUCCUCCUAAUUCCUAAACCCCCAAUCUCAAUUUUCAACCCCAAUAGCCGGAGCUCGUUUCUCUCCCAGAAAUCAGCUCCGUGUCUUCUCUCUCCACCGCAAACACGAUCUGACCACCUCCCAACUCCACCCUCCCUCCGCCCACCCGCUGUCCUCUCCACGGCAAACACGAUCCUGACCACCUCCCAACUCCACCCUCCCUCCGCCCACUCGCUGUCCUCUCCACCCCUCAAUUCCUCGAAACCCUAAUCGAUCAACCAAUCGAUUUUCAAUCAAUGGAAUUCUUUACUCUUUAGGGUGUCCACCCCCAUCUCCCUGCCACCUCUCUGACAUCAACCUGUUUCGUAUCUUAUUCGAUCUUUCAAUCUUUUUCGUUAUGGCGAUCCGAUACACCGUCGCUUUCUCCGCCACCAUCGCGCAAAACAUCGCUUCCUCCGCCACCUACCGUGUCACCAAUUACCGAUGUGUACACGAAUUCGUCUCCAAACCCCGCCCUACUGUUGUUAAUACACCUGCCAUUUCAAACCCUAAUCUUGAACCCUCGAAAAACUACAAUCAUCCCUAUAAUUGUAAGAAUAGUCAACCGGAUGCUCGCCGGUCGAAGCCGAGUUUUCCUCCUAGACAAAGAACGGCGUCAUUUAGUACUUUCGCUGCGGAGCUGAUUACUGGGAAUAGUAGUAGUAGUAGUCCUGUUGUUUCUGGGCUGAUCUCGCUUGUGAAUGCCGCUGUCUUUGGAGGUUCAAUUUCGGGUUCGAUGGGGACAAUGGGCGUUACGCCGCUUCGUGGCGCUUCGAUAAUCCCGUUUCUGCAGGUUUCGAAAUGGCUUCCGUGUAAUGAGCCUGCGUUGAUGCGAUCGACGAGUAGUGACGUUGAUAGAGGAGGGACGUCGAAUAUUUUGGAGGAGAGUAAGAUAAAGAAGAAGGUUGAGAGUAGGAAUUCUGCUGCUGUGGAUGUUUCUAAGGUGAUUGCGCAACAGAAAGUGAUCGAUAGGAAGAGCUGGCUAUCGAAAAUGUUUAACUUCUCGUCCGAUGAUGCGAAGGCGGUUUUCACUGCUGUCACCGUUAAUCUACUGUAUAAGUCUUCCUUAGCUGAGCCUAGGUCUAUUCCUUCAUCUUCGAUGUGCCCCACGCUUGAUGUCGGUGACAGGAUCUUGGCUGAGAAGGUAUCUUAUAUCUUCAGGGAGCCUGAGGUUUCUGAUAUAGUUAUAUUCAAAGCACCACCUAUUCUUCAGGAAAUUGGGUUUGCUACCGGGGAUGUGUUCAUUAAAAGGAUUGUAGCAAAGGCUGGUGACUGUGUUGAAGUAAAAAAUGGGCAGUUGCUAGUGAAUGGUAUUGUUCGUGAAGAAGAAUUUAUAUUGGAGCCUUUAGCUUAUGAAAUGGAACCUGUGAUUGUGCCUGAAGGCUAUGUCUUUGUGAUGGGAGACAACCGCAACAACAGCUUCGACUCUCAUAACUGGGGUCCCCUACCUGUCAAAAACAUUGUUGGCAGAUCUGUAUUUCGAUACUGGCCUCCCACCAAAUUGACAGACACUAUAUAUGAUCAACAUGCGGAGAAAUUUAAUGUAGCUGUUUCAUGACAAGUUUACCCAUCCGCUUGUUAUAUAGAAGAAUCUGAGGCGAUGUCAUUUUUAGUCCAAGGAAGGUGACGGACUUCACUUACAUAUUUUUUCAAUAGUUUUUCUCUGAUUACACCAACAAAUGUGAAUAUUUUAAUUGUUUGGGAGCUAAUAUGCUCCAUAUCAGCUCCCCUCGAAAAAAAAGAAACAAACUUUUUGCGAUGGAUUAUGUUGUCUAUCGUGUGACACCAUCUCAAUUGGUUUUUAAUGGUUUGUUCAUUUUUUAUGACAAACACCUCCGUUUUGACUCUAAAUAUUGUUGAUUAAUGGUAAUUUCCUUUCAUAUAA